AAAAGUCUUUUACCUUUUUAAAUUGAAGUAAAAUGCUAAAAAAUACUAACAAAUAGAAAAUUUUCAAUGGCAUUAUUAUAACAAAUAGAGAGCGAUUUAACAUUGUGCGGAUUAAUAAAUUGGUGCAACGUGGAUUUUUGUUAUUAAAAAUUGGCUAAUCAAAUAUUGUAAUUCAACCCAGCAAUAUCCACAUUAUAUUACUGGAUGAAUUUUGAUUUUCUAGCUGCAUUUUUUAUAUUUUUGGCCAGAAUUUGAGGUAUGUGACCAGAAUAAACGGAAACAAUCGGCCGAAUACAAAGACUAUAAAUUAUAGAACAAUACAAUUAAUGUAGUUUUUGUAAUUACGAGAAAAACCAAAAAAAACCGAACCUAACCUUUAUUUUAUACCUGUUCUUUUGCCUGUUGUGAUUCGUCUCUGUGAUUGAAUAAUAAAAAAUGACAAGUUCACAAGAACCUGAGGCCCCUGUUAAAGUUACGCCUACAUCAACUCCAGUAUCAACUCCAGCUACUCAAUUUAGGUUCAAGGUCAACAAAACUUAUCAUAACAAAAUGCACGUUCCGCGAAGAAAGACAGUCUAUAACUUUUACGAGUUUCAAAAGAAGUGCCUCGAACUGUCUGCCGAUUACUAUCAAGGUAUCUCGAAUCUUUUAAAAGAAACCGACGUCUCAUUAUUUUUAGCGCCGCCAAUGCCGGGAACGGAUCCCCUCCAUAUUAUUAACGAAACUGGAAUGGUAAUUAGUGGUAUGCUGAAUCCGGGCUUGGGUGAAUAUGCUGUUAGUCCCCAAAAUUAUAGUAAUAAAAAAUUAAAAAGACAUGGGAGGGAUGAUAUUUCAGCGAGUGGAGAAGAGGCUUACAGUUCCGAAAAUCAAAAAGCACCAAAACAUAGACGAGCGCCAAGACAACUUUGGACAGACGAUGAAGUAGAACGGUUGAAGGCGGCCCAUGAUAAAUACAGUGGCGAUUGGGAAUUAAUCAUCAAAGAAUUUGAACCUGAACGUACCAGAAUUCAAAUCUUCCAGAAGGCACGCCAGAUGGGACUUCGCGCCGUCGAAUCAGGGAAAUUAAUCGAUCUUUCAAAACCAAACUCGAUCAUCGAAUAUAAUAAUGCACCAGAAGGAGACGAAGGAAUCGAAUAUGAACAAGAAAAUGUCGCUGGCGAUUGGGUACAAGAAGAUGAUGAUGCUGCAAAUGAUGGUUCAAACGAUGGUUGAGAAAGCCGAGCAAUAGAUCAUUUAUAUAUAUUCUUUUUUUUAAUUCUAUUCUGUUUUAUUAUAUAAAUAGCCGCACAUCUUUACUCUUUUUUUUUUUCUUGAUUCUUUACUUCAACUAGUGUACAUAGAUCGCGGCUUUAUAUCCUUCCACUCAAAAACUCUUGAUUUCUCGAUGUAUUGUGGUACCGAUUUAAUGAAUCGCGACACUUAACAUCAAUAUAAUUUCUUUUUAUUUACUUUACAAUUCUUCGUGGGGCGUAGUAUUCGAAAAAAAAAAAAAAAAAAAAAAUAAACAUUUUUAAAAUAAAGCGUGGUAAAGUCACGUGAAAAAGAAUUCAAAUGUUCAUUUUGUUCUUUUGAGAUUUAAAACUAGUGAAGAACUCUUAAACUUACCUAUCGGUGAUUGCAGAGUCGAUU